AUGCCAAACGGGUUUGCAUCGCUUCAGUCUAGUCGUUCUAUUAAAGAAGAAGAAAAUGCGUUUUCCGUGUUUGCUUUAACUGGAGCAAGCCAAUGCGAUGAUUUAAUCAGCCGGACGGUUCAGGGGUCGGACAGGGUCGCUCUUCAUUCUCAGAUACAGGGCAACAACAAAACCAAACUGGUUGGCAACGACAACUUCCGGAUGGCCGAAGCAAGCACCAGUGGCUUGGCCACUGACAGCAUAAAUACUGACAAUGGGCGGCCGUCUUUAAGCACGGCCAUUUCGCUCUCUUCCCAAGGACUGCCCACUUAUAACAAUUUUUCGUCCAACCUACCCGGAGAGCUUCAACUUCCCGUUUCGGACGUGAAUAUGCUCGGAAAUUUCGCAUCUGCUGGUUUGCUGACCAACUGGUCUGGUCAGACUGCGUUAGGCCUUAAUCCGCAUGGACUUCUUGUCCCUGACAUCGGCAUUUUCGGCAACGUCGGUCUGCCAAACGGUAUCGACCGCUCCCUGGUCAGACACAACAACUCCGGGAAGCACACCGAUUCACUGUCUCCUCACGCCAGAGAUCACGUGUUACGAUGUCAGAGUGCUGUACUUAGUUCAGCCACAGAAAACUACGGUUCCGCUGAUGAUAUAGCAGAAACGGCUCAAGGAUCGUACAUGAAUGAUGCCGCCACACCGGUGACCAAGCGUUCGCGGUCUGGCAGCGUUUCGUCGAACGUCCCUACGACCAUAUGGUCUCAAAAUUAG